AAACAGCCUUGAAAAUGUCCUUGAGUUUGCAAACUUACUUGACAAACACAUUUUGGCUGAAAUGAAACAUCUCUAGAACAAUAGAUAUUUUCUCUGAAUCGAUUUUUAAAGUGUUGGUGAAAGGCAUUAAAUGUUCACUGAUCAGUCUCUGGUUAUGGAAAGCUCUUGGGUCAAACUCUCAACACACUGCCCUUUGUCCGUUCAGAGGUUUAUAAGAGAAGCCUUAUCAGAUUUGGCAUCAGAGAGACUGCAAACCUUCCAAGGGAAUUACAGAAUCGUCUUUUAGCAGCAGCAUUAAAGUCUAACUCACAGUAUGAAGCUGUUGAUCUUAAGUGUGAUUUUGAUUGCUACACAUACUGGAGCACAACUUUUGGACAAAAAGAUUUGUUUCACUCAGUGGUUUGACCGGGACAAUCCCAGUGGGAAAGGAGAUUAUGAAACCUUGAGUAAUUUGAGAUCAGAAUAUCCAAGGAAGAUCUGCACCAGACCUCUGAGCAUUCAAGCUGCAACACUAACAGGUGUUACUGCUGAAAGCAUUGGACAAGUGUUUCAAGCGUAUGACACAGUUACUGGCUUUGCCUGUGUAAAUUCUAACCAAAGGAAUGAAGAAUGCUGUUUGGACUAUAAAGUGCGUUUUGGCUGUCCAUGCCCUUGGCCCCCGAUCAGGCCUAUCCUUGCUGCAUUGGAGGAAGACCUAGUCUUGGCAAAUGAAACUAUUUCUUAGAUUCUGCUCAUAUGCGUGCUUUGUUUAUUCAGCCAUUUUAUCAUACUAUCCAAAAUUCUUUCAUUAGGGCUUUGGUUCUGUCAGUGAGUUAGUCUUGUUUUUGGAGAUGUUUUCUUAGGGUUUACUUUGGUGAUGGAAUGUAAAAUGUUCUUGUAUGCUGUUCUUAUUAUGAAUUAAAUAAAGCAAACAAAGUAAAUUUAAAGCAA